GCUUGGACGCGGGGCGGGUGUUUGGAAAGACGGUGAAUGGAAAGGGGGCUGGCUGGUGGUCCUGAAUGUGAUGUGUGUUUACCGGUUAGUAGAGGUAAAUGGCCCAGUAACUGGGCUGGGGCCAGUUACUCAAUCCGCAAAGAUUCGGGUCGAGGACACGCAGGAGAAAGAAGGCAUUCUCCCUGAGAGAGCUGAAGAGGCAAAGCUAAAGGCCAAAUACCCAAGCCUAGGACAAAAGCCUGGAGGCUCCGAUUUCCUCAUGAAGAGACUCCAGAAAGGGCAAAAGUACUUUGACUCAGGAGACUACAACAUGGCCAAAGCCAAGAUGAAGAAUAAGCAGCUGCCAAGUGCAGGACCAGACAAGAACCUGGUGACUGGUGACCACAUCCCCACCCCACAGGAUCUGCCCCAGAGAAAGUCCUCGCUCGUCACCAGCAAGCUUGCGGGGUAACCUGAGCCCCCCUCUCUUCCCCUUCCUCAACCACUGGACUUUUAUAUAUUAUAGGCAGGGAUGAAAUGGUCACCUAGUCAGAUCUCAGCUUGCUAGCCAGAAAUGACUGUGAUUCUGCUGGGGGCUGCUGAGAAGGUAAUGUAGGUUGAAGAGGGGCUCUGAGUUCAUUACUUUGGUUAAAUCGAGACUUCCACACCCACCCUGUAGUCCAGGUUGGGCCCAGAUAUAGGAAAGACUAGAAUUGGAAAUGCUGCAGAUGCUUUUUUUGUGUGAGAAACUGGAGAGAUGUGAUUUCUCUUUUUUGGAGAGAAUGUCCCAAAAUUGAUUAGGCUGAGCCUUGGGAAUAAUUUGGCAGGCUUAACAUCCCAAGGCUAACCUAACAUAGUUGGGAAAGGUAGAUUGAGUGAGAUGUGUUUUCUGUGCUUCUAAGUGUUCUGUCCCUUGGGCUGCUAUUGCUUCGUGUUUCCAUUAUGGCAGGUUUAGAAAAUCCUUAAAAAGAAAAAUUGAUUUGCUUGCCAAAAACUACAGUGCACCCUUAGGCUUCAUUACUUAGUAUCUCUUACAGUUUGCUCUGGCUCUCAAAUAAUGUAAAGAUUGAUGAAUAUUAUUCACAGAAAAUGGGCACCUUCUCUCUCUUUUCCAGCAUGUUGCCUUUGAAAGUAUCAUGGGAUAGUGGAAAGAGCACUGGUUUAGGAGUCAAGAUAUCUGGGUUCUGGCUCUACUCGGUCUUGGCAGAGCUAAUGUAUAACCUUGGUUAAGUCAUUUAGCCUCUCGAUUUCUAUUUCCUCAUCUGUAAAAUAGAGUUAAAUAUAUGUCAGAUUGAUUCUGAUUCUGAAGUCAUAAAUGCCAGCAGAAAAACUCUGUACUAUUCAUUGUAAAACUAAAAGUAAGGAAGGCUCGUGGGUGGUGAGCCUCUGCUCUAUGAUACUGGGAAAGUACGAUAGAGGGGAACCAUUUGAAGACUACAUGAGGAGAGAGUUGAAGUUUGGGGAUUAUAAAUUCAGUCAAGAGAACCUUAUAGAUAUCAUAGUCUUGAGGGUCAAAAAAAAAUUAAGAAGUUAGCCAUGGAAGCUUCUUGCCUCUGACCCAGCCCACUUUCCCAGCCUACGUCUGGGCCUUAGCUGCUAAAAAAGCUUCUCUGGCAGCAGAGCUGCAGGCCUGAGGAAACAUGCUCAGUCAUGCACAUAUGUUGACCCAUGUUUCAGAUCCAAUCUGAAGCCAGGUGUAUUGUUAGGGAAUGAGGAAGAAGGAUAAACUGAGCUAGUCCCUGGGGCUUAGUGCUACUGCAGGGCUGGAGGAGCAGGUUCUUAGAAGAUGAUUCACCUUGGAGGAAGCUGGGGAAAGUGGUUAGGGUGGGAGAGGAGGAAGACUGAGAAAUCUCUGCAUUCCCAGAACUCAGCAACCCAGCUCUUGUGUGAUGAGAAAAGGUAACCAUGCAAUUCAUGAACAGGUGGAGGAAAGGGGUUGUAGGUGACCAGCAUCUUCUAUCUAGUUAUCACCAGCUUGGCUAGAAUCUUAUUGAAUACAACUUGCUGGUUAUGGCAGAGAAGGCCAGGGUGAGAACUAAUGUUCAAGAGAGCAAGAUUCUGUAAUCCUCUUGCCCUCUCACAUCACAGAUUCUGAUAUGCCAAACACUUGGCCCAGUGAGAAUGACUGAUAGACUUGCGGAUGUGCAUGCGGGGGAGGGGAGGUGUGUAUAUACUUUUCUUGUGACUGGCAUUCAGUACUCAGGCUGUCAUUCAGAUUGGAUAGGAAAAAGUUGGUGAGAAAGGAAUGGAGAGAGCAGGAUCCCUGGACUCCCUGGUUCCCAGACUCCUUGACUGUCACUUGUAAUUGUAUAUAAUUUUUGUGUUUCUUGCUCCAUUUCCUCAUGCUGUCAUCCUUAAUCCAAAGUCCAUGUGGGAAGGGGAAAAUGCCGAACAUCAUUGUAUAAUUUCUUCAACUGUCCCAGCCAUGCUGUACAUAGAAAUGUCAUGUUAUUAUAUAUAUAAAUAUAUAUAUAAUUUUGUACGUUUUCUUCA